AUGAUCACAAAUGAAUCAUCUGAUUAUAAAAACAUCAAUGAUGGAACCAUCUUCGGUAUUGGCAAUCCCCUACUUGAUAUUAUUGCUGAAGUACCCAUAUCAUUUCUUGAAACAUAUAAUCUAAAAGCCAAUGAUGCUAUUUUAGCAACUGAUGCGCAUAAAGAAUUAAAUGAACAUGUACUUCACGAUUAUCCAAAUCAUCGGUUUGUUGCCGGUGGAGCAACACAAAAUUCCAUGCGAGCUGCAACAUGGUUACUUCAACAACCUAAUAUUUGUGUUUACAUGGGUGCUGUUGGUGACGAUAAAUAUCAUCAGUUAUUACAUGAUGCAGCUGCUAAAGCAGGUCUACUAUUAUCCUAUCAAGUAUAUACCAAUCCAAAAGAACAAAUACAAACUGGUACCUGUGCUGUUCUUAUAACGGGUAAUAAUCGAUCGUUAGUAGCAAAUUUAGGCGCUGCUAAUCAUUUUACAAUUGAACAUUUGGAUGAACCAAAAAAUAAACAACUGAUAGAAAAAGCAAAAAUAUUUUAUACAGCUGGUUUUUUUUAUACUGUAUGUCCACCGGCUGUUAUGCGCAUAUGUGAACAUGCUGAUAAACAUGAUAAAAUAUUUUGUACUAAUUUAUCAGCACCAUUUAUUUGUGAAUUUUUCGGUGAUAAAUUGAUGUUAGCUAUGCCAUAUGUUGAUUAUUUAUUUGGUAAUGAAACUGAAGCCGCAAGUUUUGCUAAAUUUCAAUUACAAUUAGAUACUAAAGAUAUAAAAGUAAUUGCAAAAGCCAUAAGUGAACUUCCAAAGAAGAAUUCUCAACGUAAGCGUGUUGUUAUUGUUACACAAGGAUCUGAAUCAACAUUACUUGCUGUUGCUGGAGAAGAUAUUAAAGAAUUUCCAGUGAAGAAACCAUUGGAAAUUGUUGAUACAAAUGGUGCGGGUGAUUCAUUUGUUGGAGGUUUUCUUGCUUAUUUGUCUCUUGGUAAAACUCAUGAAGAAGCUAUUCAAGCCGGUGCUUAUUGUGCAUUCGAAUGUAUUCAACAGUCGGGUUGCACAUUUCCUGAUAAACCAUUUUUUGAUCCAACAACAUUCGUUGUCUAA